GGCAGAGGGUUUUUCACCAUUCCCGUGAAUCGUUUCACGUCACUGCUAGUCCUUCCCAGAAGUUAGGCAAAGACGGGGCGCAGGAAAAGUGAACAAGUUGCUGUGUGGACCAACGAGAGCCUCGUUUAUAAGCAUGCCACUAGGAUGGAGCCCUCUGGGUAUCUGAGAACAGCGCCCCUUGUAGCCGUUGCGCGUUUACGAACGCGCGGGGUGUGUGCUGCGUCUCUGAGCCGGCAGUAGUGGGAGAGCGGAGUGACGGGACAGCUCGCCGCCAUGCCGGGGUGGAAGUCUCAGUGGCACCUGGUCCUGCUCAACUGUCUGACCUGCGGGCUGGAGAUCUGCGUGGCAGCCGGGAUCACCUACGUCCCGCCCUUACUGCUGGAGGCCGGCGUGGAGGAGCGGUACAUGACUAUGGUACUAGGCAUCGGGCCGGUUCUGGGCCUGCUCUUCAUCCCGCUGGUGGGCUCGGCCAGCGACCGCUGCACCAGCAGCUACGGCCGGCGGCGGCCCUUCAUCUGGCUGCUGUCCCUGGGCGUGCUGGUGGCACUGCUCAUCAUCCCCCACGCCGACGUGCUGGCGGCCCAGUUCAGCUGGGGCGGCAGCACCCUGCAGGUGGGCUUCCUCAUCCUGGGCGUGGGGCUGCUGGACUUCUGCGGCCAGGUGUGCUUCACGCCGCUGGAGGCGCUCCUCUCCGACCUGUACCACGAGGAGGAGGACUGCGGCCAGGCCUUCGCCAUGUUCUCCUUCAUGGUCAGCCUGGGCGGCUGCGUGGGCUACCUGCUGCCCGCGCUGGACUGGAGCGGCGGGGUCCUGUCGCUCUACCUGGGGGGCCAGGCCGAGUGCCUCUUCACCGUCCUCAUCCUCAUCUUCCUGGCCAGCCUGCUGGUCACCAUGAAGGUUUCGGAGGAGCCCCCCUGCGGGCCCCGGGCCCCGGAGCCUCGGCCGGCGGAGGCCGCGGGGAGGUGCGCGCCGCGCUCCUGCUGCUACCUGCUGCGCUGCAAGCUGAGGCUGCUGAAGGCCGGGCCCCUGCUCUGCCUGCUGCGGACCUGCUGGUCCAUGACCCCCGCCAUCUACCGCAGCUACUGCCACAUGCCGCGCGUGAUGCGGCAGCUCUGCGUGGCCCAGCUGUGCAGCUGGAUGGCCGUCAUGUCCUUCAUGCUCUUCUACACCGACUUCGUGGGCGAGGGGCUGUACGGUGGCGUGCCCAGCGCCGCCCCCGGGAUGCCGUCCCGCCAGCGGUACGACGAAGGGAUCCGUGUGGGGAGCCUGGGGCUGUUCCUGCAGUGCGCUACCUCCACCGUCUUCUCCCUGGGCAUGAGCCGGCUGGUGCGCGUGUUCGGCUCACGGCGCGUCUACCUGGGCAGCAUGCUCAGCUUCACCGCCUCCACCCUGGUCAUCUGCCUGUCCAAGAGCGUGGUCCUGGUCACCUUCAUGUCCGCCCUGACCGGGUUCGCCUACGCCACCCUGCAGACCCUGCCCUACACCCUCACCUGCCACUACCACAAGGAGAAGGAGAUUUUUAUGCCAAAAAACAAAGCCAAAAACCCACACAUGAACGGGAUCACGCGAGACCCUGUGUGUCUGACCCCAGAGGAUGAGGAGGGGGGCCUGAACUACAAGAGGGGCAGCGCCCCCAACGGACACCCCUACCUCCCAGCUGCUCCACACGCACAGAGCGGCCCCGCCCAGGGCCCCGGCCCGGCCGACCCGGAGGAUCAUGGGAAGCGUGGCGUGGGCCUGGACUUUGCCAUCCUGGACAGCACCUUCCUGCUCUCGCAGGUCUUCCCCACGCUCUUCAUGGGCCUGAUCGUCCAGCUCACCCAGUCCGUCACGGCAUACAUCGCCUCCUCCGCCAUCUUCGGCCUUAUCGCCAUCUACCUGGCCCACCGCAUCGUCUUCGACCAAAGAGACCUGCAGUGCUGAGCGUGGGCAGGGAGUGUGUUGUGUGUGUGUGUGUGUGUGUGUGUGUGAGUGUGAGUGUGAGUGUGAGUGUGAGUGUGAGUGUGAGUGUGAGUGUGAGUGUGAGUGUGAGUGUGAGUGUGAGUGUGUGGAGGAGCUUGGGCAGGGAGUGUAUUGUUUGUGUGUGUGUGUGUGUGUGUGUGUGUGUGUGUGGAGGAGCUUGGGCAGGGAGUGUGUUGUGAGUGUGUGUCCACUACUGCCUUCUGUCUGAAAAGGUGUGUCUCCUUUUGCCUGUUUCUGCAGAAGCUUUGUCCUUUUAAAAUAUUGUAUUCUUUAUUUAAUUAUUUGUAUUUUUUAUUGGCACGAUCCCCUAGUCAGUCCCGUCUGAAGUUUACCUCAUCCCAGCCCUGAUGGACAGUGCUGGUCAUGUGACUGAGAACCGUCCUUUUUGGCUUUCUGCUCAGGUAGCCUUGGAUCUUUUUAUACCUCCCUUAUCUACAGUCUGUCUGCCAGUCACCAGGUCUUGCAGGGGUCUGAGAAGCGCAUGGCAAGAUGGCCACUCCCUGCCUCCUCAGAUUCUGUCAGAGCGGGGGUGUGGGGCUCUGAUUGCUGAAAGUGCCUGACGAUGCCCUCUCCCGGCGGAUUGGACACGCUGGCAGGAGGGAGGGCCUUCACUCCACCUGCUGACCGGAUCCUGCUUCUUCAUAGUGUGUGGGUGGGUUGUGUGUGUUUUUAUCUGGGGGGUGUGUUGCCCUAGCCAUGACUGCAGUCAUGAUAAAUGAAUGGAUCUCAUCCCCAAACAUCAUCAGCCACUAAAAAAAAAAAAAACAACAACAGAAAAGGCCAUCCUGGACCACAGAAAUUUCAAGUCACAUUUUUUCAAAAAUUUUAAGUUUGUAUGUGUACAUCACAAGAUCCAACUACGUUUCAAAAGGUCCUUUAUAUUGUUUAGGUUUUUAUGUAAAGCGCAGUUUUACUGUAUAUAUUUUUGUAUAUAAGAGCAUAUAUUUAUAUCCCUAUGGGAAAUUGUUAUGCAACCUGCUUGGGUGAGGUCACCCGUGUGCCUGGAGUGUUGCUAGCAUGAACUGGGUUUAUGGGUGGAAAAACAUUUGGCAUUUCAAUGAUUUUUGUUUUAGUUUUUUUAACUAAUUUAAUUUUCUUAUUACUUUGGGGGUGGGUGAGUGUGUGUGCGCGCACGUUGUGUGCGCUUGCGUGUGUGCGUUUAUGUUUGUGCUUGAGAGAAUGAGUGAGAGAGAGAUCUGUAUUUAUUCCCUUUUUGCUAAGUGGAUCUAUGAUUGGCUCAGUUCAGAUCCAAGACCAGUCCCAAAUAGUUAUAGAGGGGUUUUUAGGCACUACAAUUGCCAGCCCACAUUAAAUUACCAUAAUAAAAGACCAGCUGUCAUGCUAACAGUAUUUUGGGAAUGAUGACGGUUUUCUGUUUGGAAUCACAUCCUGGAAUUGUACUGUAUGCACCUCUUUGUGAUGUCAACUGUGGGCCAGUGGAGGAAUGUCAUUUGUCAUUUUCAGUAUACAAUUAGUGAAGUAUAGCUGGUAAAUGCCUAAAUGUAGUGGAUGGCUGGAUGUGUGGUGCCAAAAAUGAGAGGCCAGAAGCCACAAAAUCAUUGUGACAGAUAAGACACACACACACACACACACACACACAUACACACACACACAUACACACACUGCCACAUACACGGUAACUUCAGCCGGCUGACAGGCUGCUCACAAAUUUCAGGUGCCACCAUGUAUCUAAAGACUUUUUCCUGCAUAUGCAGGUGAGCUGUUACCUUUUUUCAGUCAGGUAGUUUUCUUAAAUGUGUGUUUUGGUUAUUUUUCCAGUAUACUAUUUUAAAUGCAUUCAUUGUCAUUCUUGGUACACCGUAUCAGUCAAUCAGCUAUGAAUGUGAGUGGUACAAUCAUUUGGCUUUGGUGGCAACAUCUCUUCUUGUUGGCCAGCGACGAUAUUUUUCUGCUACUGAAUAUCUCACAGCAUGUUCUGUAAGUUUAAAUUGUUUGGUAGCGCGUACAUGCUUGUGUGUUGCCCCCUGAAGGUGAGGCGCAGUAUCAAGCCAGACAGGGAGUUAAAAGGGCACAAAUAUUCAAGUCAAUACACAGAGUUGGAGAGAGCAUGCCAAAUUUUUCUGGAAGGUAAACUGUCCUGUAAUGCGUCUUCUGAACCAACUGAGGGACUGUGUGUGAAUAAGAGAGGAUUUGCGUCCAGAAUAACGGCUGGAGCUGGAUUUGGAAUCGUUUUGCCAGUCAUUGCGCGGCCGUGUUCAUAUGCUUCGCCACGGUUUCUCUUGGUUUCGGCAACACUAGACUGUCCGUUUCUGAAUUUGAAUUGCACAGUGUCCUAAUCUCUACCAUUCAGUCUUCUUGUUUUUGAUAAUCUAUGUCCUUUGUAAGUAAUGAUAUUUUGAUAUUUACAGUAUAAUACUGUGUUGCCAUUUCAAUACAGUGUUUCCUCAGCUGUAUAAAAUACUCUUGUCUUGGAACAUGUGUAUUAACAGACUGGGAAAACAAAGUUCAAUAUUUCAUAAAGUGCCUAAACAAAUGGAAACUUUUUUUUGUAAAUUGCUAUAUAUUUAUUAUUAAAAAAUAAUAAGCACAUAUUACAACGUAUUUGCCUUCUUUUGUGUCACAUCUAUGAAGGUGUAAGGGCAAAGGGUAUUUCUGUGAAAAGAAAUUAAAUUAUUGUUUCUUUUGUAUAGAUGGUCUAAAACUCAUUUUCAGCAUCAUAAUUUAUUUGUUUUCCUCCAUUUUUAUUUCUUGUGUGAUAUCAGAGUGCUUGUCUGGUAAACCACUGCUGCUCCCAGUGACCACGUCAUCACUUGCACAAAGCUUUGCCAAUUGAUCCGCAUUCUGUUACGCUGCUUACAACACAGCCGCUAUUCAAAUAAAUUGAUAAAUUGAUAUGAUCAUGGAUUGUUAUAAUAAUAGCUAUUUCAUAACAAUAGGGCGUCCGUAUUUUAUUGAUUAGAAAGCUGAAAUAAGACUAUUUUGUCUACAGACACUCUUACAUGAUAUAUUACCGGAUAUAUGGAUAUAUUUUUCGUUAGGAAAGUAGUCCCCCUUUAUCUUACACUAGUGUGUUACGUGGGGGAUAGUCUUUUUGGAGCCAGGACCUGCCUCAAGUUUUAGUGUACAAUUUUUAGUGUAUGUUUAUUCGUGCGUUGUACACUUUUCUGUCAUAUUGUGACACCAAAGAAUAUUGGCUAUUUCCCUCAGGUCAACGCAUUGAAGCCAAAAUGUUGAACAAUGGUGCAAAAAAACAACAUGUUCACAAUCUGACAACUGUGGUUCACUAUGAUUGAAUUUCUUUGGUUGAAAACUGCGCAUGGAGAAAUAGCCCAUGUAUAAGACGAUUUUUAUUCAAAAUGAUUUUUCCAUUCACUGUUGCCAGAUAAUACAUACACCCUUAUUUUUAAAAAGAAUGUAUCAGACAUGAUCCAAAGGGCUUUGUUUUCUUCGUAACAAUCUACAUAAUGCGCAGGGGUAUUAUAAUCGUAAAUUCAUUAAUUGCAGUGUUUGGUUUUAUUUUUUGUUUAAUUAAUUUGAUCUAUGUUGUGGUCUAUAGCAUACCGAUGUAGAGACUCGUUCCAGUUGACAACGUAGUGUUUACAGGAUAAAUAAUGCACAGUAGUUUGCCCAUUCAGGGUACAAACGUAUAGGCUUGGUUAACGUGGACAUCGUGUUUCUGUCAAAAGAUGUCUUCCACACAUUGCAUUUUAAAGACUUUGCUGUUUUGUGUUUUGCCAAGUUCAUUCCAAUAGUUUGUUCUUCAUUGGUUUCAACUGUCUGUAUCACUUUUAAAAUGUCACUGGUCUCCUUUUUCCUGCAGGGAAUAAUCUGCUCUGGGAUUUUUAUGUUUUAUUCGUAGUCUAGAAAUAUGUGGCAAAUCAGGGAUCCUCUCACAAUAAAGAAAAAAUAAUAAUUUACAUUAUUUUUAUGUAUUUGUGGAUGUACUAAAAUAUGACCCAGGUUCCCUGGUUAUUUCACGUUUUUAAGUACAUUAGCGUUUUAUCCUCAAAAGAAAAUUGCAAUGCUUUGAAACACAAAAUCAAACUGAUCAUUUCAUUCUGUUGUAUGUGAUUAAACAUUCGCAAUAACUUUUUUUGUACUGAAAUUAAUAAUAAAUUAAUUGUAACAACGA